CUUCCUCUUAGAUAGGGCGAGAAAAUAAGCCAGAAAAACGUAACUCUCAAACCAAGGGCCCUCACAAUCUGAAAAGAUUCUAUACGAACGCAGUUAGCCUCUCAAAAUAUCCACAGCCUCCUCAAGAAACUCCAAACCCACGUUCUGCUGCAUCAUUCAGAAAUGAUAAAACAUCUCAGCCUUUUGUUUGCCAUCUUGGUCAUCGCCAUUGAAACAUUAAACACUGAAGAAGAGCUGAAGGAGACUGAGUUUGGAACUCCACCACCCCGACACGGACUUGCUCUAAUUAAGUGGUAUGUGAAAAAUUGCAUUGACAAUAACAUGGUGGCUCUCUGCAAUCCUGUGGCUGGAGAGUUUGGGUUCCAUGUGUUUCAUAACAGCGGGUUCCUGCUCCCUCCACUGAAGGACAAACGGACAUAUUCCUACUUCACCAUAGGAAACCUUCACUCCCCACACUCUGAGGAUCUUCCCUAUGAAGUAAGGAAGUACUAUGAUCCACAUGAUAAACUGAGCAACAUGGACAGAGUCAUUGUGAAACUCAACAUGAACAAGAACAAAAUCGAAGAGAUCUACAUAUCAGAGCACUAUAAUCCUCCUAGAACUUUUCAUUUAGGAACCUCUCUCAUCGAUGACUUGCGAUGGCAUCAGAACUCAACGCAGAAGGUGUUCCCAAUAAUCUCUCAAAACAUUUUUAGCUGAGAUGUUCUGUUACAAAAUCACUGUAUAUUACCCCACUAGCUGCCACUAUUUCCCCACAGCAGAUGCCUUUUGCACUUUCAGUUUAGAGAUCUAUUUAAACAACUUUCAUUUCUUCUUCUUUUUUCUUCUCUACUGACCAAUAUUAUACCACUUCUCAAUUUCCUUCUCUCCAUCACAUGCCAUGAAACAAUUUAGUAACUUCCUCCAUGAAGUUGAACCUGGACUUUGAACCUGGGUGGGUUUACUGUUUACUGUAAUGAUUAAAAUUUGCCAACCUUUGGUCAUAUAUUAUAUUAUAAUAAUAGGCUAUAAAGGUGAACUGUGCAUUCUGUGCAAUUUUUCUUUGUUAAUAAGUUUUCUACUAUACCA